AGCCCGGGAACGCCUUUCGCUCUCCCCGCCCGCGAAGUUUGCAGGGCGCAGCGCGCUGCAGAGACCUGGUCUGUUGGCCCGAGGCUGUGCGCUGUCAGUUCCUGCUUCGUUGGGCGCCCGCUCCAGCCGCCGCAGGCUCCACACCAGAGAAGCCGACUGCACCGCCAGGGCUCGCUGCGCGUGGGGCGGGGGCGCGGAUUAGCCGCCGCCCACACCCAGGGUUGAGCUCGCUCCUCUCGGGGUGAUUGCGCGCUGCAGGAUGGCGGCGGCCGCGCGGGUUCCAGGCUGGGUAUUGAGGCCGGUUCUGCUGCUCCUGCUGCUGCUGCUGCUGCCGCCCGCGGUGAACGCCGCUCGGGAACCCGGUACCGCGGCCCGGCUCAGACUGCACCCGCCCUACUUCAACCUGGCCGAGGCGGCGAGGAUUUCGGCCACGGCCACCUGCGGAGAGCGGGAGCCCGGCGGCGCGCGGCCCGAGCUCUACUGCAAGUUGGUGGGGGGGCCCACCGCCGCGGUUAGCGGCCACACCAUCCAGGGCCAAUUCUGUGAUUACUGCAAUUCUGAGGACCCCAGGAGAGCACAUCCAGUCACCAACGCAAUUGAUGGAUCCGAGCGAUGGUGGCAAAGCCCUCCUCUGUCCUCAGGCACACAGUACAACAAAGUCAAUGUCACCUUGGAUCUGGGGCAGCUUUUCCAUGUGGCCUAUCUUAUCAUCAAAUUUGCAAAUUCUCCUCGCCCUGAUCUUUGGGUCUUGGAAAGAUCAGUAGACUUUGGAAGCACCUACUCACCCUGGCAAUAUUUUGCUCACUCUAAAAUAGAUUGUUUGGAACAAUUUGGGCAGGAGCCAAAUAUGGCUAUCACCCAAGAUGACGAUGUACUUUGUACUACUGAAUAUUCCCGGAUUGUACCUUUGGAAAAUGGUGAGGUUGUGGUGUCCUUGAUAAAUGGUCGACCAGGUGCAAAAAAUUUCACCUUCUCUCACACCCUGAGGGAGUUCACUAUGGCUACAAACAUCCGCCUAUGUUUUCUGCGAACCAAUACCCUUCUUGGACACCUCAUCUCCAAAGCAGAGAGAGAUCCAACAGUUACUCGGCGGUAUUAUUACAGCAUAAAAGAUAUCAGCAUCGGUGGGAGGUGUGUUUGUAAUGGCCAUGCCCAAGACUGCAACGCAAACAAUCCUGAAAAAUCGUUUCAGUGUGAGUGCCAGCACCAUACCUGUGGGAAGACGUGUGACCGCUGUUGUGCCGGGUACAACCAGAGGCGCUGGCGACCCGCCACGUGGGAGCAGAGCAAUGAGUGCGAAGCAUGCAACUGCCAUGGUCAUGCCCUUGACUGUUACUAUGACCCAGAUGUUGAGAGGCAGCAGGCCAGCUUGAAUAUCCACGGCAUCUAUGCAGGUGGAGGGGUCUGCAUUAAUUGUCAGCAUAACACAGCUGGUAUAAACUGUGAAAACUGUGCUAAAGGUUAUUACCGCCCUUAUGGUGUUCCAGUCGACGCCCCCCACGGCUGCAUCCCUUGCAGCUGUAACCCCGCACACGCGGAUGACUGUGAGCCGGGCUCAGGCCGCUGCACUUGCAAGCCGAAUUUCCAAGGAGACAACUGUGAGAAGUGUGCCGUUGGAUACUAUCGCUUCCCCUUCUGCCUGAGAAUUCCCAUCUUCCCCAUUUCUACUCCAAGUCCUGAAGAUCCCAUAGCUGGAGAUAUAAAAGGGUGUGACUGUGACUUGGAAGGCGUUCUCCCUGAAAUAUGUGAUGCCUAUGGAAGGUGCCUUUGCCGCCCUGGGGUCGAGGGCCGUCGGUGUGACGCCUGCCGCUUGGGUUUCUACUCAUUCCCUAUUUGCCAAGCCUGCCAGUGUUCGGUCGUUGGCUCCUACCAGACGCCCUGCAACCCGGUGACGGGACAGUGUGAAUGCCUUCCGGGGGUUACAGGACGGCGAUGUGACAGGUGUCUCUCAGGAGCCUAUGAUUUCCCUCACUGCCAAGACUUCACAGGUCGUUGUGACCCAGACGGUACCCUGGACUCCAAUUUGGGACAUUGCCAGUGCAAGGCUCAUGUGGAAAGUCCUUCUUGUAGCAUCUGCAAACCAUUAUAUUGGAAUCUGGCCAAAGAAAACCCCAAUGGAUGUUCAGAAUGCCAGUGCCACGUGGCGGGAACAGUGAGCGGAAUUGGAGAGUGUGGACAGCGAGAUGGUGACUGUCACUGCAAGUCCCAUGUCAGUGGCGAUUCCUGUGACACGUGUGAAGAUGGAUAUUUUGCUUUGGAAAGGAGCAAUUACUUUGGGUGUCAAGGGUGUCGGUGUGACGUUGGUGGAGCCAUCAGCCCCCUGUGCAGCGGGCCCUCGGGAGGAUGCCGGUGCCGAGAGCAUGUCGUGGGGACGGCGUGCCAGCGCCCUGAGAACAACUACUAUUUCCCGGAUUUACAUCAUAUGAAGUAUGAGAUUGAAGAUGGUACCACACCUAAUGGAAGAGAACUUAGGUUUGGAUUUGAUCCCCUGGAGUUCCCUGAGUUUAGUUGGAGAGGAUAUGCUCAGAUGACCUCGGUGCAGAAUGAAGUGAGGAUCAUGCUUAAUGUGGGGAAGUCAAGUCACUCUUUGUUUCGUGUUAUUCUGAAAUACGUUAACCCUGGAACGGAAGCCGUAUCUGGUCGUGUGACAAUUUAUCCAUACCGGGCUGAAGCAGGUGCUGCUCAAAGCAAAGAAGUCAUCUUCCUGCCAAGAAAGGAGCCAGCCUUUGUCACCGUCCCAGGAAAUGGUGUGGCAGAACAAUUUUCAAUUACACCAGGGACAUGGAUUGCUUGUAUCAAAUCAGAGGGAGUCCUCCUGGACUACCUGGUCCUGCUUCCCAGAGACUACUAUGAGGCCUCCUCCCUGCAACUGCCAGUCACCCAGCCGUGCGCCGACUCAGGACCACUCCAAGAAAAUUGCUUGCUCUACCAGCAUUUGCCAGUGACCCGAUUCCCCUGUGCCCUGGCUUGUGAGGCCAGACACUUCCUGCUUGAUGGGGAGCCAAGAGCCUUGGCAGUGAGGCAGCCCACCCCCGCACACCCAGUCAUGGCGGACCUCAGCGGGAGAGAGUCACGGUGGCCUGCCUUCAGUUUCUUGGACUGCAUAUCUGCUACCCUACAGCAGGUGGAGCUGCACCUGCGGCUUCGGGUACCGCACGUCGGCAACUACGUGGUCGUGCUCCAGUAUUCCACGGAAGUAGACCAGUUGUCCGUUGUUGAUGUGCACAUGGAGAGCCCGGGGUCUGUCCUGGCAGGCCAGGUGAACAUCUACAGCUGCAAGUACAGUGUCCUCUGCCGGAGUGUCGUGACUGAUGGCAGGAGUCGCCUCGCCGUCUAUGAGCUGUUGGCAGAUGCGGGCAUUCGGCUCAGAGCACACAGGGCCCGAUUCCUUCUGCAUCAAAUUUGUAUCAUACCCAUUGAAGAAUUCUCAACUGAAUAUUUGAGACCUCAAGUCAAAUGCAUUGCCAGUUACAGGGGUUAUGUUAAUCAAAGUGCCUCUUGUGUUUCUCUGGUCCCUGAAACUCCUCCAACAGCCUUGAUUUUGGAUGUCCCGAGGGGUGAGCCUUCCCCUCUCCUGCCCCAGGAUCCUCUGUCUUCUGCUGAUGUUACUGGAGUCAUCUUGAAGGCGCCGCAGAACCAAGUGACCCUGCAAGGACUUGUACCACGCCUAGGCCGAUAUGUCAUUGUCAUCCACUUUUAUCAACCAGCACACCCAGCAUUUCCCACACAGGUCUUUGUGGACGGAGGGCGGCCGUGGCCGGGUGUCUUCCGUGCCUCUUUUUGCCCACAUGUGCUUGGCUGCCGGGACCAAGUCAUUGCUGAAGAUCAAGUUGAGUUGGACAUCUCCAAGCCAGAGGUGGCUGUGACCGUGAAGGUUCCAGAAGGAAAGUCCCUAGUAUUGGUCCGUGUUCUAGUGGUGCCUGCCGAGGAUUACGACUACCAAAUACUUCACAAAAAAUCAGUGGACAAGUCAUUUGAGUUUAUCAACAGUUGUGGAAGAAACAGUUUUUAUAUUGAUCCCCAGACAGCCUCUGGAUUCUGUAAGAACUCCGCCAGGUCCCUGGUGGCCCUCUACCACAAGGGAGCACUGCCUUGUGAGUGCCACCCCACCGGGUCCAUUGGCCAUCACUGCAGCCCAGAGGGUGGGCAGUGCCCAUGCCGGCCCAGUGUCAUUGGACGGCAGUGUACCCGCUGUCGAACGGGCUACUAUGGAUUCCCACAUUGCAAACCUUGCAACUGUGGCCCACGCCUCUGUGAAGAGAUGACAGGGAAGUGCCUCUGCCCUCCCCAUACUGUCAGGCCCCAGUGUGAGACGUGUGACGUGCAUUCCUUCAGCUUCCAUCCCCUGGCGGGCUGUGAAGGUUGCAACUGUUCCAGGAGAGGCACAGUUGGGGUCACCACCCCAGAGUGCGACAGGGACCACGGGCAGUGCAGGUGCAAGCCCAGAGUCACAGGGCGGCAGUGCGACAGCUGCGCUUCUGGGUUUUAUCACUUCCCGGAGUGCCUUCCCUGCCACUGCAACAGGGAUGGGACGGAGCCAGGAGUCUGUGACCCAGGGACCGGAGCUUGCCUCUGCAAGGAGAAUGUGGCGGGUACAGAAUGUAACGUGUGUCGAGAAGGAUCGUUCUACUUGGACCCAGCAAAUCCCAAGGGCUGUACCCGCUGCUUCUGUUUUGGAAUAAGUAAUCAUUGUCACAGUACACAUAAAAGAAGAGCUAAGUUUGUGGAUAUGAUGGGUUGGCGCCUGGAGACGGCGGACGGAACAGACAUCCCUGUCUCCUUCAACCCGGGCAGCAGCAGUGUGGUCGCAGACCUCCAGGAGCUGCCCUCUACAGUCCACAGUGCGUCCUGGGUCGCACCUCUUUCCUACCUAGGAGACAAGGUUUCUUCAUACGGAGGCUACCUCACCUACCAGAUCAAGUCCUUUGGCCUGCCUGGUGACAUGGUUCUUCUAGAAAAGAUGCCAGAUGUGCAGUUGACUGGUCAGCACAUGUCCAUCAUCUACAAGGAACCAAGUAACCCACGACCAGACCGGCUGUAUCAUGUGCGUGUGCAGGUGGUGGAGGGAAACUUCAGACACGCCAGUAGCGGCGGCCCGGUGACCCGGGAAGAGCUGAUGAUGGUUCUGUCCAGCCUGGAAGACUUGCGCCUCCGAGGCCUCUACUUCACGGAGACACAGCGGCUCUCUCUGAGCGGGGUGGGGCUGGAAGAGGCCUCGGACACAGGAAGUGGGCGCAGAGCACACAACGUCGAGAUGUGUUCCUGCCCCCCUCACUACACUGGUGACUCAUGCCAGGGUUGUAGCCCUGGAUACUAUCGGGUUAACGAAGGGCCGUAUACCAGACGAUGUGCUCCCUGCAAUUGCAACGGACAUUCCAGUCGAUGUCAGGAUGGCUCGGGAACAUGUAUCAACUGCCAGCACAACACCGCGGGAGAACACUGUGAGCGCUGCAAGGAGGGUCACUAUGGGAACGCCAUCCAGGGAUCCUGUAGCGUCUGCCCGUGUCCUCACUCAAACAGCUUUGCCACUGGCUGUGUUGUGAAUGGGGGAAACGUAAGAUGCUUCUGCAAACCCGGAUACACAGGCACACAGUGCGAAAGGUGUGCACCAGGAUAUUUUGGGACUCCCCAGAAGCUUGGAGGUAGCUGCCAACCAUGCAAUUGUAACAGCAAUGGCCAUCCAGGCAGUUGUCACCCCCUGACUGGAGACUGCCUAAACCAAGAGCCCAAAGAUGGUGGCCCUGGAGAAGAAUGUGAUGACUGUGACAGCUGUGUGAUGACACUCUUGAAUGACCUGGCCGCCAUGGGCAAUGAGCUCCACCUGCUCAAGUCUCAGCUGCACGGCCUGAGCACCAGCACCGGGUCUCUGGAGCAGAUGAAGCACUUGGAGACCCAGAUCAAGGAGCUAAGGAAUCAGUUACUCACCUACCGGUCUGCCAUUUCAAAUCACGGAUUAAAAAUGGAUGGUCUAGAAAAGGAACUGGGUAGUUUGAAUCAUGAAUUUGAAACUUUGCAAGAAAAGGUUCAGGUAAAUUCCAGAAAAGCACAAGCAUUACAUAACAAUGUCGAUCAGACCAUCCAAAGUGCGAAAGAGCUGGACACAAAGAUUAAAAAUGUCAUCCAGAAUGUGCACAUUCUCUUGAAGCAGAUCUCUGGGACCAAUGGGGAAGGCAACAACCUGCCUCCAGGGGAUUUUUCCAGAGAGUGGGCUGAAGCAGAGCGCAUGAUGAGAGAGCUACGGAACCGCGACUUUGGAAAGCAACUGAAAAAAGCAGAAGCUGAUAAGAGAGAGGCUCGGCUCUUGCUGACUCGGAUUAAGAGCUGGCUGGAACAGCACCAAGGCGAGAACAGCGCCCUUGUUAAGAGUCUACGGGAUUCUUUGCAUGACUACGAAGCCAAACUCGGCGACCUCCGUGCCAUGCUACAGAAGGCAGCUGCCCAAGCAAAGCAGGCCACUGGCCUCAACCAAGAAAAUGAGAAAGCUUUGGAAUCCAUCAAGACACAAAUCCAACAAACGAAUUCCCUGCGGAGUGAUUUGUCCAAGUACCUAGCCACGGCGGACUCUUCCUUACUGCAGACCAACGUGCUCUUGCAGCAGAUGAGGGAAAGCCAGGAGGAAUAUGAAAAGUUAGCUGCCACUAUAAAGGAAGAAAGACACAGGCUAAAUGACAAAGUGAGAGAACUCUCCCGGUCCACCAGCAAAGCGUCCCUGGUGGCGGAGGCAGAAGCGCAUGCGCAGUCUUUGCAAGAGCUGGCGAAGCAGCUGGAGGAGAUCAAGAGGAACACCAGCGGGAAUGAGCUGGUGCGCUGUGCAGUGGACGCCGCCACGGCCUAUGAGAACAUUCUCAACGCCAUCAAAGCCGCUGAGGACGCCGCCAACAAGGCCACCAGCGCAUCCGAGUCUGCGCUCCAGACAGUGAUAAAGGAAGAUCUUCCUGGAAAAGCGAAAACCCUGAGUUCUGACAGUGAUAAACUCUUGAAGCAAGCCAAGAUAACAGAGAAGCAGCUGCGGCAAGAAAUCAGCCCUGCUCUCAACAACCUACAACAGACUCUGAAGGUUAUAACAGUUCAGAAAGGGCUGAUUGACACCAAUAUCACCGCCAUCCGUGAUGACCUUCGUGGGAUACAGAGAGAUGACAUCAGUGGUAUGAUCAGUAGUGCAAAGAGCAUGGUCAGAAAUGCCAACGACAUCACAAAUGAGGUGCUAGAUGGGCUCGGCCCCAUUCAGACAGAUGUGACGAGAAUUAAAGAUACAUAUGGGAGCACACAACGUGAAGACUUCAACAAGGCUCUCACUGAUGCAGAUAACUCAGUAAAGAAAUUAACCAAUAAACUGCCUGAUCUUUUGAGCAAGAUUGAGAGUAUCAACCAACAGCUGUUGCCACUAGGCAACAUCUCUGAUAAUGUGGACCGUAUCCGGGAGCUAAUUCAGCAGGCCAGAGAUGCUGCAAAUAAGGUUGCUAUCCCCAUGAGGUUCAAUGGUAAAUCUGGAGUUGAAGUCCGGGUGCCAAAUGACCUAGAAGACUUGAAAGGAUACACAUCUCUUUCUUUGUUUCUCCAAAGACCUGACUCAAGAGAAUAUGGGAGGACGGAGAAUAUGUUUGUGAUGUACCUCGGAAAUAAAGAUGCCUCCAAGGACUACAUUGGCAUGGCAGUUAUAGACGGCAAGCUCUCGUGUGUCUACAACCUGGGAGAGCAGGAGUCGGAACUCCAGGUGGACCAGAGCGUGACCAAGAGCGAAACUCAGGAGGCGGUUAUGGACCGGGUGAAAUUUCAGAGAAUUUAUCAGUUUGCAAGUCUAAAUUACACCAAAAAAGCCACAUCCAUUAAACCCGGAACAUCCCAAUUCCAUGAAAUGGAUGGUGGAAGCAGCCACACGCUCCUCAAUCUGGAUCCUGAAAACGUUGUAUUUUAUGUUGGAGGUUACCCACCUGACUUCAGACUUCCUGCUAGACUGAGGUUCCCUCCAUACAAAGGUUGUAUUGAGUUAGAUGACCUCAAUGAAAAUGUUCUGAGCUUGUACAACUUCAAACAAACUUUCAAUCUCAACACAACGGAAGUAGAGCCUUGUAGAAGGAGAAAGGAAGAGUCAGACAGAAAUUACUUUGAAGGUACAGGCUAUGCUCGAGUUCCAACUCAACCAAAUGCUCCCAUCCCAACCUUCGGACAGGUGAUUCAGACCACCAUGGAUAGAGGACUGCUGUUCUUUGCAGAAAACAAGGAUCGCUUCAUAUCUCUAGAUAUAGAAGAUGGCAAGCUCCUGGUGCGAUACAAACUGAAUUCAGAGCCACCGAAAGAAAAAGAAGUUACACAGGUUGUCAACAAUGGAAAAGACCAUUCGAUACAGAUCAUAAUUGGAAAAACCCAAAAACUUAUGAGGAUAAAUGUGGAUUUGGUUGGAAGCCUAAUUCAUGGUGACAUAUUUGAUUUCAGCACAUAUUAUCUGGGAGGAAUUCCAAUUUCAAUCAGGGAAAGGUUUAACAUUUCUACACCUGCUUUCCGAGGCUGCAUGAAAAAUCUGAAGAAAACCACUGGUGUUGUUAGGUUGAAUGACACUGUGGGAGUCACCAAAAAAUGCUCGGAAGACUGGAAGCUCGUGCGAUCUGCCUCAUUCUCCAGGGGUGGACAGUUGAGGUUCACCAAUGUGGACCUCCCUUUGCCCAACGAAUUCCAGGCCUCCUUUGGGUUUCAGACCUUUCAACCCAGUGGCAUGUUACUUAAUCUCCAGGCACAGACCCGGAGCCUGCAGAUCUCCCUGGAAGAAGGUCACAUUGAACUCAACACCAGGGAUAGCAACAAACCAAUUUUUAAAUCUCCACAGACAUACACGGAUGGUUCACUGCAUUACGUAUCUGUGAUAAGUGACCACUCUGGACUCCGGCUUCUCAUUGACGACCAGACUCUGAAAAGCAACCAAAGGCUACAAGACUUGUCAGGUUCCCAGUAUCCCCUGUAUCUGGGCGGGAGUCACUUCGAGGGUUGUAUCAGCAAUGUUUUCAUCCGGAGGCAAUCAGAGAGUCCUGCGGUCCUGGACUUGACCAAUAAAACUUUCAAGAGAGACGUGUCCCUGGGAGGCUGCAGUUUAAACCCACCGCCUUUCCUCCUGUUGCUUAGAGGUUCUACAAGGCUUAACAAAUCCCACACUUUCAAUAUCAACCAGCCAUUGCAGGACACACCAGUGGCCUCCCCACGGAGAAUGGAGAUAUGGCGAGAGGCCCAGUCUUGCUUGCCACCUCCUGGGGCCCAGGCCAGUCAUGGAGCCCUCAGGUUUGGGGACAGGCCCACCAGCCACUUGCUGUUCACGAUUCCCCAGGAGUUGGUGACAAACAGGUCACGGUUUGCUGUGGAUGUGCAGACGGCUUCUUCCAGAGGCCUCGUGUUCUUCACGGGCACUCAGCAGUCCUAUAUGGCUCUUUACCUCUCAAAGGGACGGCUGGUCUUUGUAUUGGGGGCAGACGGGAAGAAACUGAAGCUCAAAAGCAAGGAGAAAUGCAAUGAUAGGCAGUGGCACACGGUGGUGUUUGGGCAAGAUGGAGAGAAGGGGCACUUGGUUGUGGAUGGUCUGAGGGCCCGGGAGGGAAGUUUGCCUGGAAAUUCCACCAUCAGCCUCAGAGCACCCGUUUACCUGGGAUCCUCUCCCUCGGGGAAGCCAAAGAGUCUCCCCCAAAACAGCUUUGUAGGAUGCCUGAGGAACUUUCAGUUGGAUCAGAAACCCCUGGACACCCCUUCUCUGAGUGUUGGUGUGUCCCCCUGCUUGGGUGGCUCUUUGGAGAAAGGCAUUUAUUUCUCCCAGGAAGGAGGACAUGUUGUCCUAGCUAACUCUGUGCUGUUGGGGCCUGAAUUUAAGCUGGUCUUCAGCAUUCGCCCAAGAAGCCUUACCGGCAUCCUAAUACACAUCGGGAGUCGGCCGGGGAGGCACUUAUGUGUUUAUCUGGAGGCUGGAAAGGUCACGGCCUCUGUGGACAGUGAGGCAGGGGGCAUCUUGGCAUCGGUCACACCAAAGCGGUCUCUGUGUGAUGGACGGUGGCACUCCGUGACAGUCACCAUCAAACAGCACAUCCUGCACCUGGAGCUGGAUGCAGAGAACAGCUACACAGCUGGACGGCUCCCCUUCCCACCUGCCGACACUCGAGAGCCACUACACAUUGGAGGUGUCCCAGCUGGUUUGAAGACCCUGAAGCUCCCAGUGUGGGAAUCAUUUUUUGGCUGUCUGAAGAACAUUCAAGUCAACCAUGUUCCCAUCCCUUUCACGGAAGCCCUGGACAUCCAGGGGACUGUCAAUCUGAGUGGCUGUCCUCACCACUAACUCAAACCUAUCACACAACAGGGGAAGCCACACACUAGACCUCUAAGAGCACAGCUCCCCAGCACACCUCCCUCUCUCCCCACAGGAUCAUUCUUGACUUAAGACACCUUCUAGAUGAGGUUGCUAGCAAGUCCCAUUUUGAAUUCUGACCACACGUACUCAUCAUUUGGGCACUCAGUGCCCCAUGUGUAUUUUAUAUAAAAAUCCCGUUUCUCACAGAUGUUGAACAAAUUGUUACACGCUUUUGGUAAUCUCCUCUUCCACUAAAAAUGAAAUGUCUUUUAAAGAACUUUAUCUUCCACCUGGUUAAAAAAAAAUAAAUAUCUUUUAAAGCACUUUAAAAACACACAAAUUGUACAUGUGUUAAGGGCUUAUAACUUAUGGGGUUAAAUAAAGGCAGUGUAUUCUUUAAA